AUGCUAUUUGAGUUAGAUCAGGGGUGGGAUAGGGGGGGAGAGGCGUACUCUAUUGAUGCCCCUGCUGCGGCUGCUGGUGGUGGUCCGGCCUUCUCUGCUCCGGCAGCUGUUGCUGGGCGGUUGAGUGGCGUGGGGAGCGGUGAAGAUGCUGCCAGUGAUGCUGCUGCCAGGGAUGCUGCUGCUGCUGCUGCUGCUGCUGGAGUGGAUGGUGGGGGGUGCAGUGAGGUGCUGGACGGUGGUGGAAUGCGGAGGGUGGAUGGAGGGAGAGAGGAAGGUGCAGUGGCAAUGGGGGACGGAGAGAGGAAGCGGAAGGUUCCCCUGUGUGGGCACGAUAGGGCCAUACGGUCAUUCUCAGACCUCUACCCCUUGUUUCAGCAGCAGCAGCAGCAGCAGCAGCAGCAGCAGCAGCAGCAGCAGCAGCAGCAGCAGCAGCAGCAGCAGCAGCAGCAGCAGCAGCAGCAGCAGCAGCAGCAGCAGCAGCAGCAGCAGCAGCAGCAUCAUCAUCAUCAGCAGCAGAAGCAGCAGCAGCCCCAGCAUCAGCAGUAUCAUUUGCAACAGCAGUGUUCAGCAGUAUAUGAAUCCCUGGUAGGCGUGAGCUCACAGCAGGUAGCGGCGGCAGCUGCUGCUGCUGCUCCUGCUUCUCCUGCUCCACUCACGGCAACCCAAGCCAAUUCUUCGGCAGUAUAUGAAUCCCUGGUAGGCGCGAGCUCACAGCAGGUAGCGGCGGCGAUACUGGCAUGGGAGGGAACAGGUUCGCUGCUGGAGCAGCGCAGGAGGGAGGAGAGGCGAUCGCGUGCUUUCGAGGAGGCACAGAGGCUGUGGGAGGGGAAGGAACCGGGGCUGGAGCAGCGGAGGAGGAGGGAGGAGAGGCGGGGGAGGGAGGGGUUGUGGAGUGGCGGUGGGGGGGAUGUGAUGUGGAGUGCUAAGGAGAGUGGUGGGAGAGACGGAGUGGGGGCUGGUGACGCAGGAGGGAUGCGGGGGUUGGGAGGGGGUGGAAUGCUCCCGGGUGGAAUGCUCGGUGUAGAGCAGGCAACCAGGGACAAUCAGGCGAUUUUAGAGUCGAAUCAAGAGUUGUCUCAUCACGUGCAGCGUUUAGGAGCCAGUGGAGUGCAAGGGACGGAUGGGCACACAAGGGGCAAUAAUGCGGUUGAGGUACGAAGGAUGGAGGAGGAAAGGAGUGCAGAGGAAGCGAGGGAGGAGACAAGGAGGGAGGGGACGAGGACGGAUGAGGAAAGGGGAGGGGAAGAGAGGAGGGAGGCGAGACUUUGGGAGGAGGAGAGGAGGGGGGGUGAAAGUUGGGAGAAGGAGAGACUUCAAGGGUCAUGGCGGUGGGAUGGAAUGGGGUGGGAGCAGGUGGGAAGUGGUGGGAAUGGAAGGCCGUGGACUGCACUGGAUGGGGGUCAUCCCUGGAUGAGAACGGUCAGUGACGCAGAGAGAAGUGUGCUGGGGCACAUGCAAGAGCAGAAUCAGCAGCAGGUGCAGCAGCAGCAGCAGCAGGUGCAGGAGCAGCAGCAGCAGGUGCAGCAACGACAGGUGCAGCAGCAGAAGCAGCAGCAGCAGCAGCAGCAGCAGCAGCAGGUGCAGCAACAACAGGACGCUGCUGCUAGCAUGCUGACUACGAUUUUAUGUGGGAAUGGUGCAAAUGGCAUGAUUGCCAGUGACCUCGAUUGGUCAACGGUCGCUGACCCUUAUGGUGGUGAUUUGAUAGAGUGGCUUGAAGACGCUGAAGGAUAG